GAAAUUUCUCUCUCCUUCCAUUUGUGUCGGAAAAGUCUCCGUCUUUGCUCUAAAUGCUGUGCUCCUCGUUUCUCCAUUGUCGUGCUCCUCCUCCUCGUCCUCCUGCUUCUGCUUUCUUACAUAUUUUUCCGUUGAAUUUGUUUCUCCGUCAGCUGUGUUUUAUGUCAUGAGAAAGAUCUCGCCGACUCAACAUUACUGAUUGUGUUUUGUGGCAGAGGCGAAAAAAUGGAUGCGAACAGAUUGGACUGUAGAUUCCAUCAUUCUAGAUCAUCACAGUCCGAGGAGUCAGUGCUGGAUUUGGAGAAAAACGGCUACAGUCAUUCUAAUGUUCCUUCCUCAUGUCCAUCACCACUUCAACUAUUUCCUUCUGGUGGUCAACAUUCUGAGAGCAACGCUGCCUACUUCUCUUGGCCUACUUCAAGUCGUUUGACUGAUUCAGCAGAGGACAGGGCAAACUACUUUGCAAACCUUCAGAAGGGUGUUCUGGCUGAAACUUUUACGGGGUUGCCUUCAGGACAGCAAGCUACUACCUUGCUUGAGUUGAUGACCAUAAGGGCGUUUCAUAGUAAGAAUUUACGGAGAUGUAGCCUUGGUACAGCUAUUGGGUUUCGUAUUCGACGUGGUGUUUUGACAAACAGACCGGCUAUCCUUGUCUUUGUUGCACGGAAGGUGCAUAAACAAUGGCUCAAUCAUGUACAGUGUCUACCUACAGCCUUGGAGGGUCCUGGUGGAGUGUGGUGUGAUGUAGAUGUUGUUGAGUUCCAAUACUAUGGUGCCCCUGCACAAACACCUAAAGAGCAGGUGUAUACUGAGCUUGUGGAUGGUCUGAGAGGUAAUGGUCCAUGCAUUGGCUCUGGCUCACAGGUGGCUAGCCAAGAAACAUAUGGAACCUUGGGUGCUAUCGUGAAGAGUAGAACGGGCAGCCGACAGGUUGGUUUCCUCACAAACCGACAUGUUGCAGUUGACCUGGAUUACCCGAGCCAGAAGAUGUUUCAUCCUUUGCCACCUAGUCUUGGACCUGGUGUAUAUUUAGGUGCAGUGGAAAGAGCAACAUCAUUCAUCACAGAUGACGUUUGGUAUGGAAUUUUCGCUGGAACCAAUCCAGAAACAUUUGUUCGAGCUGAUGGAGCAUUCAUUCCUUUUACUGAGGACUUCAACAUGAACAAUGUAACAACUACCGUGAAAGGCGUUGGUGAGAUCGGGGAUAUCCAUGUCAUAGACCUACAGUCCUCAAUUAGCAGUCUCAUUGGAAGAAAAGUCAUCAAAGUUGGAAGAAGCUCUGGUUUGACCACCGGGACCAUUAUGGCUUAUGCAUUGGAAUAUAAUGACGAGAAAGGGAUUUGUUUCCUCACUGAUUUUCUUGUCAUUGGCGAAAACCAGCAGACUUUUGAUCUUGAGGGUGAUAGUGGAAGCCUCAUCCUGUUGGCAGGCGAGAACAAUGAGAAACCCCAACCCGUUGGAAUUAUCUGGGGAGGAACCGCGAAUCGGGGAAGGUUGAAGCUAAAGGUGGGGCAACAGCCAGAGAAUUGGACCAGUGGAGUUGAUCUUGGCAGGCUUCUCGACCUUCUUGAACUUGAUCUCAUUACCACCAAUGAGGGGCUUCAAGCUGCAGUGCAAGAACAAAGAAACGUUAUGGGUACUGCUAUUGAUUCUACUGUUGUUGAGUCAUCUCCUCAUGAAUGCAAGACAUCAAGAGGUAAAAGAGACGAGAACUUUGAGCCCAUUAAUCUGAAUGUCCAGCAAGUUUUGGUCGAAGAGGAUUCAUCCCGUAGUCCUAAGUUUCAAAUAGAAGACAGAGCUGAUCCGGCAUCUAUUGUUGAAGAACAUCAAUUCAUUCCGAGCUCAAGCAACAACAACAGAUCAACCCUUCAUCAGAAGGCCAAUGGGCAAGGGAAUCUUGAAUCAGAAAACCUGUCAGUACUGAAGGCCAAUGGUUCGGAUGAUGAGAUUCAGGUUUCCUUGCAGUUAGGUGAGCCAGAUACAAAGAAAAGAAAGGUCAUCGAUUCAUUGUGUGAUACCCGAGAUGAAUGAAGUUGAGGUGGAAAUAGCGAAUAAAAGACUGCAUACUCCGAGCUAAAACCAUAUCUUGGAGAAGGUUUCAUGAACAUCUCUAUGCUCUGCUCAUCAAGUUUUCAUAAUUUACAAGGUACUGGGUGAGUUCCAAGAGCUCUGGGGAAUUCAACUUUACAUAAUUACUUCUUGUAUCCCCUGCAUUCUUCUUCCAAGGAUUUCUCACAGGAAAGAUAUACGAAGUAGCUUAUUCUGUAAUGGCUAAUGGAAAGAGAGAACAUUGUCAAAAGGCCAUAGCUAUGCACAAAUAUGUACUGAUGGAUUUUGAAGACUAUUUUCUUUGUACCUCAAGCACCCAUUGAACCAUAAGCAGUUGCAGUGCAGCUCUUGAAAU